GUACCCGGCGCUAGUGUCCCCGGCCUAGUCCCCUUCGAGACAUCGCUUGCAAGCUUAUUCGCUGGCACCUGCAUAAACACUGGGCUCUUAGUGCAGCAAAUAGUGCGAUCUCCAGAGGCAAAAUGGGCCUUUCAUCUAGACCGCCAAGCGUGCAUUAGGCUUUCUGUUCUAUUGAUCAGCUUGCCACGCGCCAGGGUUCCCUGUGUCUAUGCGCUGCUAUGAUUGCAUUGUCUCAUCGGAUACAUCCGCUCGCCCCCAGAAUGAGAGAAGAGAAAAUAAUGGAACCGUUCUCGGAUCCCCAGUUGCCCGUCUGUCAACACCGCCAAGCCACGCGGGGUGUUACAUCGGGGUUCCUGCCCUUCCAAUAGCCCAUGCUCUUUGAGGGGCCAGAUUCAUUUGGAAUCAGUGGCGAGUAAUUGGUCAGGCCGGGUUAAUGGAGGGUGUGAGUGGUACUGCGGACGUUGGCCUAUCUACACGCCAGGAGUUCAAUACCAGAAGAAAGCAAAAACAGAGCGUAUAUAAAGUAACGGGUCCCCUCUGUUUCUUCGGCUUACACUUUACGCGACUCUGUUAGACUCUUACUACAGAUUUGUCCCAAGAUGAAGUUUUACGCUAUCCAAUCCACGCUUGUCGUUACGGCGGCCGCCUUUCCCAACAUGGGAGCCCGCCAGGCGGUGCCCAAGGUGGCAGACUUCCCCAUGUACCCAGGAACGCCCAACCAGGCCCUCUUCAACGAAUUUGACGCCACAGAGCAACUUGUCAGCGUCCAUGGCGAGCAUGAGUACCGCGAUCCUCGCCCAGGAGACAUUCGCGGCCCUUGCCCUGGCCUCAAUGCCGCCGCCAACCACGGCUAUCUUCCUCGCGACGGCAUCGCCACCUAUGCCGCCGUCCAGACAGGUCUCUGGGAAGCCUUUGGAUUAGACCAGACCGCCACACAGUUCCUCCAGCAGACAACUACGCUAUUCGACGGCGACCCUCUUUCACAGAAGUGGUCCAUUGGCUAUGCUUCGGACAAAGUGAGCUUGCUGGGGCCUGUUGCGGGUGCCCUACUGGGCACUCCCACUGGUAUCUGUGCCUACGGCCACUCCAAGUCGGAAAACGACGCCUCCAUCACCCGCGGCGACUUCCUUGCCCCCGACGACAACUCCAACUGCGCCUCAUACCCCAAGUUCUACCAAGAACUUCUCGAUCUCUCCGACAAGCGCGCCAACGGCCUCAUCACGGCGCCCGUCCUCGCUGAGCACCAGCACAACCGCAAGCUGCACUCCAUUGCCACCAACCCCAACUACUUCUCGCCUGCCUUUGGCGGCGUUGCCUUUACGCCUGCUGCGCACACCUUUGUCUGGGCCCUCAUGGCUAACCACUCAUCUGCCAACCCGCGCGGCUUCCUCGAGCACAACGUCCUCGAUGCCUUCUUUUCUUAUUCAGUCCAACCUGACGGCUCGCGCAAGUACGAGUACGGCAAGGACCGUAUCCCUGAGAACUGGUACCGCCGCAGCCACAAGAACCCGUGGACGCUCGUCGAUAUUGUGCUUGGUGUUGCGUCGCAGUGUCUUGCGUUCCCGUCUACUUGUAAGGUCGGCGGCAACACUGGCACCGUCAACUCGUUUGAUGGUAUUGAUCUUGGUGACAUCUCAGGUGGUCUGAUCAACUCCAUUGAAGACUUUCAGGAUCCUGCGCGCCUUGCUUGCUUCAUUGGCCAGAAUAUCCAGGCCGAGGCCCCGUCGUCGCUGGAGAAGAUUUUCACUGGAGAGCUGCUCAAGGAGGCUGUUGGUCUAGUUGGACCCGUUGUUGAUAUGCUUGGAAAGUGUCCCAAUAUGCCUCCUGGCAAGUCUGUCAACCAGUAUGGCUCCAAGUAUCCCGGUGCCAACAAGCACAAGGGUGACAGAGGCAAGACUGCCAAGGAUACUCAUGGAUACCCUGCCGAUGCUCCUUGAAGAAUGACUUCUGUGUUUUUAGGUUCUUUAUAUAACUAUGUGUUUAAUGUAGUUGUACAUCUCACAAUUAGACUGUAUGUAGCGAUGACAUGACAGAUUAUAAGUUUGAAUCUUUGACUCCCG